UGAAAGAAAGGCAUAUGGCGUACGUUUCUAUUUUUGCUAAUUCAAAGAGAUUUUAAUAGUAUAUUAUGCGUGUUGUGCGUAUACAAGUUUGAAAGUGAUCGUUCUUUAUAUUUUGCUGCGUUAUACAAGCAUUUUCGAUUGGGAUAUUACCGUAACUUCUACAUGUCCGUGUGCGUAUGUUAAGUUUUUGUUGACGAAAUAACGAACUGUGAUAUUAAGCUUAGUUGUAUAUUAUAUAGGUUUUCCUUUAUACAAUUUCGAUUAUUUAUUGUACAAUUAGGAUUAGGUGUAUAGUUAGUUGAUUAAUUAACUAAAAGUGUGACCAAAGAAAAUUGUGCUAUGUCGCUGACACAAGCGUCAGACACAGAGAAUAUGCAGGUGAAGAUUAACUUGAGUGACAAGCAGUCUAAAAAUGGAGAUGAACGAAUCGAGGGAAUGAGUGUGUCUGACAUGCCCGAGUUUACAGACCCAGCUAUACUGGUAGUUCGAGAAACCGUCAAAAUCCGGUACACAAAAGAGGAACUGGUGGUGUUAAGGGAAUCCCCGCUGUCAAAGAGGAAACCGGACUCUUUCGAUAUAUCUGAAGUUCCUCCAUCGAUAUUGGACCCCGAACGUUGGAACAUCGAAAAGAAGAAAUCCGACACUCCGACUGAGAACGGGUCUAGAACCGGAGACGGCCCGGAGCAUAGGCGACGACCCGGGGAUCCGAGGGAACGUCUGAGGAAGGAGAACGACGGCAUCGUCUUGAGCCCUCAGCGGCGUAGCUUCAAUUCCGGUUGUUUUGUGCCAGUAAGGGAGACGGGGCGCUCUAAUAGGUCUCACAGCCCUCUCAACGGCAAGAAUGAACCUUCACAUGUCGGUGUCCGCGAGAUACAGACCAGUACCAGGCGUAUAGGUAGCGGCCGCAUCCUGCGUGAAUCUUGGGACUUCAACGAGAAGUCAGAGCAAGCCGAUGGCGACUUUAGCUUCAGAGGCCAGCAGCGUGACGAGAAAUAUGAGAGGCGCAGCUUCGGCAGGGACUUUGAGAUUACCAGGGAGAGGGAGAAUGGUGGAAAGGAGGGGGGAAGGCGCAAUGGACGCUUUGAGCGUCGCCGCAUCUCCGAGAAUAGAGAACAGGAGGAGCCCGAAUGGUUCUCUGGUGGGCCGAUGUCCCAGAACGAUACCAUUGAGCUGCGCGGCUUCGACGAGUCUGACAAACCGGGCGCCAAAAAGAAACUGUCUCCAUCCAGAGUAAAGCGUGCGAAGGAAUGGUCCAAGAAGAAAAACGGACCACAGCCGGGCACAGCGGAAGAGAAAGAGGAGCCCAAAGGAGCCGUGGGGCGGUCCACGCCUACUCCGCAAACCGGUACGGAAACCGAACAGUCCCAGAAACCGCAAACUAAGCCAACGGAGCCAAUAGCAACGACCAGUGAGGCUGAAAUUAAACCGGGCGAGUCAGGAGCAGCACACGACCAGUCGUUCAACUUCGACGAUAUUUUGAAGUGCGAUACUUUUCCGGGUUUGCUUACGAAUGGUGUGGGUGGCGACGGCGACAACAUGAAGUCCCGCUUCAGUCGUUGGUUUAAACAGGAGAGCCCCGAGAAGGCGGAGAGCCGACGUUCCUCCAUGCAAGAAGACCACCACAUCAUCAAGGACCUGCUGAAGGAUAUCGGCGAGACCAACGUGUCCAUACCGGGCGAUUCCGAGGCUUACUUUGCCCCCAUAUCGCCCGCAGGCAAUACCGGUGGUGUGAUCGGAGGGAAGCGGUCCAGCGGUGCCCAGUCGCAGCCUAUCAACAUCAUGGAGAUGCUGCAGAGGGGCAAGCACCAGGGGGAUAACGCCGCCGUUAAGCAGCCGCCACAAUUCCCCGGAAAAAUACUGAGCUUGGACGAACUGGAGGCCAAGAUGCGGCAGAAUGCCGACCUAUCGGCGUCGAUGCCACAGAAGCACCAGCAGCAGAAGCCGGACGAGGAGAUGACUGCCGCGUUUAAGAAACUGGCCAUGUUUUACUUCUUCGCCCUAUUUCGACCUUGGCUAUCUCCCAUUGAUCCACGUCCCAUUUCUAACAAAACACUACGUAUACUUGACGUGUCUGUCUUCAAAAAAAAAAAGACGAAAACCCUCUUUCAGAUGCUGAACCACUCGCAGCAGCAGGACGAGGCGGCUCGGAUGUCGGGCAACUCGCACCUUCUUGGUGCCAGCAACCCGAGCAUUACAGGCCUGCACCACCACGCCGCCGACCUCACCAUCAAGCUGCAGGCACAGUUGCAGCAGAAGCAGCAGAUGGAGAUGCUGAACAAGCUGAUCAAUGCUACGGUGCACCCCCAGCAGAUGAGGACGUCUCCCCUGCAGGACAUGGGCAUGCAGCAGAGCAGGGAGCUGCUCAACAGGCCUGAGGCGCAGGCUAUCUUGCAAGGCCUGAAAAGGGGUGAGAUAACCACCCAGCACCUGUACCAGCAGCUGGCCAAUCCCGCGUUGCAGCCCCGCCAUCGCGAGAUGCUUGUCACUAUUCUUAAAAUGCAAGGCGGCGGUGCCGGGUACGGGCCUAGCCCCCGCGUGCUGAGCCCCGUGCCCCCUCACCAUAUGUUUCAGCAGCAGCAGCAACAGCAGCUGCGUGUCUCUCCUUUGCCGCCGAACGCUAUGCACCAGCGCAUACCGUCUCCCCGUGAACUUCAGGUCCACACCCAGAAUAUCUUGCAGCGUGCACUGAUCAAGAAGAAGCUGGAGGAACAACAGGAGAACUACCGUAAGAAACAGGAGAUGCAGAGGGGCCAGAGUCCCAGCACCUCCAGCAGCGGUCAGGCUGUAGCCAAGAGCAUCUCGUCACCUACACCCCUGGCCUUUACCCCCACAUCCGUGCUAAGGAAGAUGACUGCCGAAAAGGAUGAGGGUAAGUUUUUUAUCUUAUGUACUUUCUUCAUUAUUAUUUUUUAAUCGUUACGGUUAGGAAAAGAAAAUAAAACCUCAGCCGAUUCUAAAGUGCCGCCAGGUCGUCCAUUGACGGGCAUGAGGCCCCAACCACCGCAACCGCAAGGACAGCAGUGGAACCCACAGUUCAACUCCAUCAAGCAAGCAGGUCGCCCGAUCGUGAAGGCCAACACCAACUACCCGACCCAGACCGCCGAGCAGUUCUUCAGCCAGCACCAGCGCCAGCAGCGCAUGUUCGCCCAGGCUCCGGCCGGUACUGCCCCGCAACAGCCCCAGCAGCCGCCCAAGCCUUCAGGUGCCGCCCAGUUUGGCGGCAGUCAGGCCCUCAACGGACCAGGUGGCCCCCAGGCACAGUACAAUUCCCAACAAUAUCCGUCUAAUCAACCGUUCGCCCAACAGCUGACCCAGCAACAGCUGCGCGCCCAACACCAGCACAGGCCUGCCAAUCCCCAACAGCAACAGGGACAACAGCAGCAGCCGGGGUUCCCACCCCAGCACCAGGGCAGCCAGCAGAUGGGGGUGUCCUGGCAGCAGUUCUUUAAUUCCACACAAGCCAACAGAAGCAGCAACCUGGCGGGCAGGGGCGGCAUGAAUGAUGGCGAUCUCUCUCCGACUACCAACCAGCUGGCCCGCUGGUUCUCCCCUGAUCUCUUGGAGCGUGCACGUGGCGGGGAGCUGCCUAGCACCGCAGGCCUGGCCCAACACGCGCUCAGUCUGGAGGAGAUCGAGCGGCAGACAGCGCCGCCCGUCCACAACUAAUCUCAAAAACUAUGUACCUGGACUCUCUCAAAUCGAUCUUACUAUAUAACACCUUAUGGUAAUGUCAGUCAACGACUUGGUGUAUUUUAGUAAACAAAAAAAAAAUAUUUUAAAUGUCUCAAGAAUAUUUAUUCGUCUUAGAUGACUCGUCAAUUUUUCUCUAAAAAAAAAAAAAUUGAAAACUCGUUCCAAUGAAUUUAAACACAGUUAGCCCCAAAAGUUUGUACAUAAUGGAGUAAAGAGAUUAUGGAACAGCGUUGUGAUAGCACUGGGAGCGAUGAAUUUAUUGCAAGAUUUUUCAAUUGGGGAGGGUGUCGGGACAAUUUCCUUUGUGCCAGUUCGGGCACCCUCUCGAAAAUGGUUACGACGCUCGCCGUAGAAACUAAAUUGUCUGUGUGGUUAAAAAAACGUCCGCGUCCUUUCAAACUGUAGGGAAGUUAUGCCUAGGAGGAAAUUAAGUUGUUUAGAGUGUACCAUUUGAUUUUUCGGUUUGAUGUUGAGGAAUUUUUUGUUUGAUUUUGGUGUUAAAGUAACCGAAGCGGCCGUAACCAUUUCCGUAAUCGUAUAUAUAACGUACAAUGUAAAGAAACAUGAAAUGUAUCAAUAUUGUAAACUACAGAACUGAUUUUAAAGUCGUUUCCUUAUAUAUAUUUGUUUCUUUUUUUUUUGAGGAAUUAUUUUUAUUCUUUUAUAAUGGAAGCGGCAUGUAAUUUCUUGAUAUGGAGUGCUUCCGUUAUAAAAAAAUUUGUAUUAAUCGUUUGCCAUCGCAACACAUUCCUAUUAUGAUUAUACUGUAUCGCUCGCAAAAAAAAAGAGCUUCAAGUGUAAGAUAUCUGUUCUUGUUUCGGAAAAUGGUCAUUCGAAAGUGAUGAAAAUGUAAAACUGUAAAUCUGUUGAGAUUCUUUAUUGGACCUAGUCAGAACUAGUUUUUCAAAAAAAAAAUAAAAAAUCGAACAGACUCGAGAAAUUGUUGAGGAAUGAAUUCGAAAGAAAUUAUUGUUACAACUAUUCCAUCAGCCUCUACUGUAAACAUUAUUUUGUAAAUAAAGGGAAUGUCAAUCAUAAUGACAUACUUUUGUUUGAAGAUUAAUUAAAGAGCAAAAAAUA